UGGGUGACGUAUUUGGUACGGCGUAGGUGGUACGUGGGGAGUUGGAAUGAGGUGCUGGCACGACGGCCGGGUUGGAAUUGACAUCUUCAAGAAAUUUUUUGCAGAAAAAUUUUCCAAAGUGUAUAAUAAAGUGCGUAAAGGUGCGGAAAAUGUUCUAAUUCGCGGGUGAUUUGGCAAAGUGUGGGUGCUCUUCUGUGAUCAGUUAAUGAGCCACGUGGAAAAUGGAUGAUAAUCUGUGGUUGAUGGAACUGGAGUCGGCCCUCCUGGACGACUGUACGGUGAAUGAUAUCUAUUCCAUUUGCAAUGGGAAGAGUAUUCCGGAAGCUCUGCGGCCGGAUGUGUGGCAAGUGUGCCUCGAUGUGCGCCACAAAAACGACCAGCUGGUCUCCUUCAACGAAAUCUUCGAUCUACCCUUCCAGCGACAACUCCGCGAGGACUGCGAUGCCGUCGUGAAGCGCUUGGGGAAUGAUGAUGAGGACAAAGUGUCCGUGGUGUCAGAUCUCGAAUCCAUUCUCACGUUUUACUGCAAGAAUCGCAGUCUCAAGUACGAGCAGGGCAAUGGAUGGAUUGAGCUGCUGCUCCCACUCCUAUCCCUCAAGCUCCGCAGGUCCGAUACUUACAAUCUCUUCGAAGCCAUCCGUGAUGCUUACAUCCCAAAGGGUUGUGUGAAGCAGGGGAAUGUCUUUCACCUAUUUCGUCUCCUUGUCCUCUACCACGACCCCGAAUUGUGCUCAAUGCUCGAUACAAAGCGCAUUACACCUGAUCUGUACUCGCGCACAUGGUUCCAGAGUCUCUUUGGUGCCACCUGUACACUCCCUGUUGUACUCUCAAUGUGGGAUUUGUACUUUCAGCAAGCAGAUCCCUACCUUGUCUUCUUCCUCAGUCUCAUUAUGUUGGUGAAUGUGCGUGAGAAAAUUCUCGCCAUGAAGGAUGAAUCCAAGGAGACAAUUGUGGAGUUUCUCAGUAAUAUGCCGUGUGCAUUGGAACCCGAUGAUGUUGUUGAUUUUUGCUCCCUGGCCCAGUACUAUGCCAUGAAGACGCCAUCUUCAUUCAAAACGGACAUGCUGCAAACACUCUUUGGGGCACAAGUGGACUCCCCAUUGGAUCCCGUUGUGGUACAAGCGCUUUGCCUACCGGUGUCAGUGUAUGAGCUCGUGGAUAAUGCCUCAAUGGAGACACCCCAUCCGGAAGCAGUGCGAUUCUUCCUGGUUGACUGUCGUCCGGCGGAUCAGUACAAUGUUGGCCAUCUCUCAACUGCAUUCCAUCUCGACAGUAAUCUCAUGCUGCAGGAACCUGUGGCAUUUGCCACGGCCAUCCAGGGGCUUCUCCGGGCACAACGGCAGUCCAUUGAGGCUAAUUCCAAUGCUGGCGGUGAACAUUUGUGCUUCAUGGGAUCCGGACGCGAUGAGGAGGAUCAGUACACGCAUAUGGUGGUGGCGUCUUUCCUGCAGAAGAACACCAACUACGUCUCCCUUCUGACCGGUGGCUAUUCGGCCAUUCAUGAGUACUUUGGGGAUCAUAUGAUUGAUUGUUUGGAAGAUCACGACGUUCACAGAUGCCUAGUCUGCUGCGGAAAUUCAUCUCAUGCGAAAAAUAACAACACAGCUCGAAAUUCAGCUCGUGCUCCUGCUCAGGCACCCUCUUCGUCCUCACAGGCGCCCCAAACGAAGAUCACGGCUGAUUUGUUUAGCAAAUUGGGGGCAUCGCUCAAGUCUAAAUCGCAAGAGAUGAAAGGUAAGUUGUUUGAGUACAUCGUCAAUCCAACGACAAAUGCCGCGGCUGCUGGUCAGAAUGUUGCGGAGAAGCACGUUUCGGCGUCUGAGAAGAAUGGGCGAAGGUAUCGCAACGUGGCUCCGGUUUUCAGCAUUGACGACGAGAAUGAGGAGCCAGCAAAUGCAGCAGCUGUGAAAGCAGAACCUUCCUCACCAACGGAUGAAACGGACUCCAAGGAGAUUGUUCAGCUGCAGGCUUUCCUCAAGCAACCCGAUGUGGUAACGAGUUUCCGCUGUCAAGAGGUUCACAUGAAUGGACGUAUGUUUGAUAGCCAUCUCAUUGUCACCAAGACGCAUCUGGUGGUGCUGCGGGACCUCGGGAAGAGUCAGAGUCAGGUCAUUGUGCGCCGACACUUGUCGAGUAUUGUCAAAAUAACAGCAAAGCGUCGCCAUCGGGACUUGAUUACCUUCAAAUAUGGCGUCCCCGAUGGGGAGACACUCCUCAUAACGGACAUGGAUAGAUUCCUCAUUCCCAAUGCGAGCAAUGCAACGGAAAUUGUGUCGCGGCAUAUUGUGCAACAGCUGGAGAAUAGCAAAAAUGCGUAGGAGCUAGGAGAACUACUCCCCUCAUUAUAAUUUAUAUUUAAACGUCUGUGUAAACUUUUGUUGAUUAUUUUAAAUAUUUUGUAUAAA